UUCUAAACAAUGGUUUCUGAUGUUGGGUCUUUGAUGUGAUGUUUUAUGUGAACAAGUGAACUAGAAUUAGAUCUAGAUAAUCUAGAUCUAGACUCUUCGUCUAGUUUUAGUUUUCUUUUGUCCAUCUUGGCUACCUCCAUCUUUUAGCUCUUUAGACUGUAUCGACAGUUGAUCUUGAUACGAAAGAAAGCGAAGUCUAGAGACUUGACAGACUUUACUACUUCUUUUAGUCUUUUAGAAUGUUGGCAUUGUUGGUGGAAAAUUGAGCUCUUCUACUUCUUUGUAAAAUCUCAGGUCUUCUGGCUGUCGGACUCUAUACAAGACUGGUGACAAGAAGGUCUGUCUCUUAGAGAGUUGCUAUAAAUAACUUAAAGCGAAGACAAGUGAAUGCUAGAUCUAAAUACUAGAUCUAGAUUAGAUAUCUAGAUCUACUUGUGGUCUGUCAAGUAGGCCUCUUGUCUUAAUUCCAGCCUUAGAUCUUGAUCUUGUCUUGGUGGAGGGCCGGCUUGGGCGCCUAGGCUAGGGCAAGGUAGAGAUAACAGCUACCAAGAUGGCAAUGCCUCCUGUGCCCCCGGGGAAACGUAAAGAAAUCUACAAGUAUGAAGCUCCAUGGACUGUUUACAGCAUGAACUGGAGCAUCCGACCUGACAAGCGCUUCAGGUUGGCCCUUGGCAGCUUUGUAGAGGAGUACAAUAAUAAGGUUCAGAUUGUCAGUCUUGACGAGGAAACUUCAGAUUUUUCGGCAAAGAGCACAUUUGAUCACCCAUACCCCACCACAAAGAUAAUGUGGAUUCCAGAUUCUAAAGGAGUGUUUCCUGAUUUGUUGGCAACAUCUGGUGACUACCUGAGGGUUUGGAGAGUACACGACACAGAGACACGGCUAGAAUGUUUGCUCAACAAUAAUAAAAAUUCAGACUUCUGUGCUCCAUUAACAUCAUUUGACUGGAAUGAAGUGGACCCAAACCUGUUAGGCACCUCCAGCAUUGACACAACUUGCACCAUAUGGGGUUUGGAGACUGGUCAAGUUCUGGGCAGGGUGAACAUGGUCUCAGGCCACGUGAAGACUCAGCUCAUAGCCCACGACAAGGAAGUCUACGACAUUGCCUUCAGCCGUGCCGGGGGUGGCCGCGACAUGUUUGCAAGUGUUGGUGCGGACGGCUCAGUACGUAUGUUUGACUUGCGGCAUCUGGAGCACUCAACUAUCAUCUACGAAGAUCAGCAGCAUGUGCCACUGCUGAGACUCGCCUGGAACAAGCAGGACCCCAACUACUUGGCCACUAUGGCUCUGGACGCCCUUGAGGUUAUCAUCCUGGACGUACGUGUUCCCUGCACGCCUGUAGCACGCCUCAGCAACCACCGGGCAUGUGUCAAUGGGAUUGGUUGGGCCCCUCAUUCCAGCUGCCACAUCUGCACUGCCGCGGACGACCACCAGGCCCUGAUUUGGGACAUCCAACAAAUGCCACGAGCUAUCGAGGACCCGAUCCUGGCAUACACGGCCGGCGGGGAGAUCAACCAGAUCCAGUGGUCCUCCACGCAGCCCGACUGGAUAAGCAUCUGCUACAACAAUUGCAUGGAGAUUCUCAGGGUGUAACGACGAUGAUGGUGUGAAAAUGUUAAGAACGUAUCUAUGUCGGGGUUGAGGUCAAGAGAGCGUGCAAAAAUUGAUAUUAAGAUCUAGAGAGAGUAUAAUGGUACCCACAUUGAGAUCUAGAGAGAGUGUGUUGAUGCAGACAUUGAAGUGAGUAUAAUGAUAAACUGCAGUGGUGGUGUGAAAAUAUUGAGAGUGUAUCUACAUCACCAUUGAGGUCGAGAGAGUUUAAUGACCUCCACACUGAGAUCUAGAGAGAGAGAGUAGUGAUACAGAUAUAUUGAGAUCUAGAGAGACUGUAUUGGUGCUAACAUUGAGAUCUUGAGAGGCUGUGUUGACACCAACAUUAAUAUCUAGAGAGAGCGUGUCAAUACUGGUAUUGAGUUCUAGAGCAAUCUAGAGAGAGUGUUGUGCUAUUGACUUUAAGACCUCGAUAGAAUUGAUAUCGCUCUUGAGGUUUAGAAAGAGGGUGCUUCUGUGCUAUAUAUUGGCUUGUACUCUGAGGUAUACUGGAAGCUCUCGAGUGUCACUGCCGCAACAGUGUGACCAUCUUUAUGGAGUGAAGUGACAAUGACCUUGACAAUGUGACUUCAACGUGACCUUACUGGACCAGCUACUGCCACAACUGCUAUGUGUGGAAUUGUUCACAGUACAUCAGCAAAUUUGAAAGUAUGGAGACAGUGUUGCAAUGGUUGCUCUAAGAUAUUCAGAGAAUGUGUUAGUACUGAUAUCAGCUUUCCGGUCAUGAAGAGCCUGUAUUGAUAUUUUCAUUGAAAUCUUGACAAGAUGUACUAAUAUUGGCACUGAGAUUUUUAUUACAUAUUUGUGGUUUUGACUUUGAGAUUUUUAGGUUUGGAAAUGGAAAGUGAACAGAUAUUAACCUUCAGAUUUUGAGGCUUCUGAUAAUAAUAUGAAUUUUAAAGUUGUGAGGUUUAGAGAGCAUUAUAUCGAUAUCAACCUUAAAAUUUGGAGAGACUACAUUGACAAGGACGUGGAAGUCUUGAGAUGUGCCAAAUAGUCCUACAAAGUUGAGAUCUGUGUAUGUGUUUGUAUGAUUAUGGGCAUGUGUUUGUGCGUGUGUGCUAUUGACAUCAGUUAUUGAGUUAUUGUGUGUGAAUGUAUAUUUGUAUUCUUACAUGGUUGAUGGGCCAAGACAUUACUGUUUUUGGAUACUGUCUCAGUGUUUUCAUGUUUUUGAAAGAGAGGAAGAAUACUUGGAGGCCCAUUGAUAAUUGGAAGUGCGCAAGUAUGCAUAUAUGUGUAGACUCUGUCAUAAAGAGAUAAAGGAUUGGGUGAAUAUUGUGAGUUUAAAGAGCAGAAAGAUAAAGAGGUACAUAAAGGAAUGGUUGUUUCUGGGUUAUUCUGCUUGACUCUUUAGGCAGCUGAGGCGUGAUGGAGAGAAAAUCCCACAAAAGCCUAGAUGUAUCCAUAGUAGUAAAUUCCAAAUCCAAAUGGCCAGUUAUUUGGCCUAGCUGAGUGUGAUGUUUUCUCUGUAUCUUUUUUUUCCCCAGCCUCUUGUGCUGCACGCAUUUUGAAAAAAAAUACUGAAAUUAUUUUACAUUUCUUGUGAUUUUGUUUAAUCCUGCGCAAUAGAGACCUUUUUUGUUAGGCCUUAAAACCUGAAAAGUUUAAUCUUUUACAAUAAUGUGUCGCUAAAAAUUGUUUUGACAGAAAGCUUUCCGACUGAAUAGAGGGGCUUGUAUUAUUAGAUGAGCGCCACUAUCAUUCGUUUCCUUUUGUCAGUUUUGCAUCUUCCAAGUUCUAAAUGACCAUUAUGGUUCUGAUGCACUUUUCUUUCAAUGAAAUUAGGUAAUGGCUAAUGAUGUGUCAAAUGAUUAAUGAAAGUUUACUGGUUGUUUUAUGAUGAAUAGAAGAGGACACAAUGGUUUCAAAGUCAUUAUUUGGACUGCUGCUUGCAGAUGCAUCAUUUUUUAAAGUCCUGUGGCCCUUCAGUGAAAUAAUUUUUACUGCAUUAAAUUUGUAUCCCUUAUGUGAAUUCCUCUUUAUCUCUUGUAUGAAUGCGCCUCAAAAUUAUUUUAACUGAACAGAUUUUACAUUUGUCGUAUGAAUUCAAUCUGCAGGCUGUCCAUUUGAAAAAUAAAGCUGUUCUUUGGGAAUAAGUUUUGAUUCCCUUAUAGUUGAACUUCGAAAUUUCAGAAGCACAAUGAUCUGUGUUUCUUUCCUGGUAUUAUAAUUUUUCGUAGUUGCAGCGUCAUGUCCAAGGGCUCUUCUCAAUGUGACCAAGGAGGUUUUUCUGCCUUACAAGUAGUGUUGAGAGAUAGCAAUGUCUGACCCAUUUCUAUGACAACAUUAACAAAAGAAGAUUCGUUACCAUGAAAUGUUCACUUAUCCUUUUUUUUAACGGUUAAGUAUGUGUAUUAACUAAAAUCAAAAUGUAUAAUUCUUUAUUUAAGACAAUGAGAAAAUAUUGUUUAUAAGGCAAUGGAUGUAAACUAUUUUUUGUUCCUUAAAUGCAAAUGUUUAUUAUCAAUAUAUGGAAGUGUUCUCUGUCAAAAGUUAUUCACAAACAAUUGUUUAUUUUUCUAAUGGUCAGCCUAUAAAACAAAUGAGAAUACUUGCUAUUAUGAGUUUCUUCCAAGUAUAAACGACUGUGUAUAGAUCUGUGCAUUUUGUGCAAGUGUUGUAGAUUGUGUGUAUAGUAUAAUCUUGUAUGAACUUUUUUGCCUUCAGGCGAUGAGGAAAUCAUGACCCAGAAGAACGACCAAAUUCAUUUAUACACAAAAUUGUACAUAAGAUUAAGAUCAUCUUCAUUAUUCAUUUUACAUGUUCUCUCAAGUACAUGUACAGUAAAACAUGACUACAGCAGGACCCAUCCCAGCAGCGGGACCUUACCGGAAUCUCCCUUUUUUUUCUAUGUACUCUCAAUUGCUUGUGCUCGGGUUUAGCAGGGCAAGGGAAAGCCCGAAUUUGGAUACAGCGGGAGAGAUGGGGUGAGCUCUAGCUGGAGGGAAUGGGGUUGGGGGGCUGUAGGCGGGCUCCGAACAGGCAGUCAGCGGUGCAGCAUUGUGCUUGGCCAGUCCAGUGAUGAGUGAGGUGGGACAGGCGGCAGAGAGUGAUGGUGCGGAGAGGCGCGUUACGUGAGCCACUCCAAAAGUGAUAUGCCGUAGCUUAGACGCUCAGUAUGAUAAGCUUAUGAUUCAUUGAAUUGCGAUCGUUGAUGCUCAUAAGCAUACACACGCAUACACUUCACCAGUUCUACAGCAGGCCUACCAGUACGAUAGACAGCACAAGUAACAAGACUGAGGAAAAGAUGGCUUCCAACAAGGACAAAAGGAAAUACUUCUCACUCGAAUUAAAGGUCAAGAAAAUCAACGAAGUUGACAAGAAAAGGAAGACUAAAGAGGAAGGGUGGUAAUCAUGUAGAUUUAAACAUUUUUCUAGGUUAUUUCCCCUUUGCAUUCCUAUAGCGGAACUCGCCUACAGCGGGAUUUUUCUUCUAGAACCACAUGUCCUGCUAUAGCCGUGCUCUACUGUAUAAUGUUUGUUGAUAUGGCAAAGUGCAUCCGCUGUAGAACAAUAAGGAGUUCCAAAAAUGCGCAAAUUGAGUACAUUAUGCCCUGAAUAGUAAUUGUUAUCUGCUGCGUUUGAUUUCUGUUUUCUCAAAUAGCGCUUCGGUUUAAAUGAAAGUAAAACUUGAACUCUUCUCUAAGUAAGUGGUGGCAAAAAACUGUUUGAUAUUGCUCUCUUGUGGAUGAUAAUAAAGCCUUUGUAAAUGUUUAAAAGCCAGUAAAUAUGUACAGCAAUUUAUACCAUUGUAAGUCUGUAAAAGCCAGUGUGUUAAAAAAAAAAAAAUGUCCUGAUCUUAGAGACAGUAGCAUACCUCUGUAAAUUUUGAAUGGGAGAUAAUCAAUGCUUUGAAAAUCUCAUAGUGGUAAUAGGCGUAUGUAUAUAUAGGAAACUGGUGUGAAUUGGUAAGAGUCUUGGUCUUAUUAUUUCUUUGUCUGUUGUUUUUCAAUACAUGAUCCACUUGUGAGGGUUUCAUGCGAUGUCCUCAUUUCAUUCUACUGUACAUGUACAUAUAGCCUCUUUGUUUCUGAUCACUUGUCUAAGUACUAGCGAGUGGCUGUGCUUCCACUUGAAGGUUUCCAGCAGUUUUUUCUUUUUACUAUAUUAUGAAGAGGCGGGUAAAGAAACAGGAGAAGUCCAUUUCUUG